UUUUUUUUCAUAUCUAUAAAAUACCCAUGACCAACUACUAAAGUUUACACUCUCAAUCAUCUGUUUCCUCUGUUUUCCUCUGUUCCUUGGUCUCAGAAUGAGACUUCCAAUUUUGGUUUUUGGUUCUGUUCUUAGUCUGUGUGUGGCAUAUGAAGCAUCAGAAUUUGCAGACACAAUCCGAUUGGACACCGGUGGGUUGAGCAGAGACAAGUUUCCGACGGGCUUCACUUUCGGAACAGCAUCGUCUGCUUACCAGGUGGAAGGAAUGGCCGAUAAGGAUGGUCGUGGACCAAGUGUUUGGGAUGAAUUUGUCAAAAUUCCUGGAACUAUUGCAGAUAAUUCAACAGGAGAAGUCUCGGUGGACCAGUAUAAUCGCUAUAAAGAAGAUAUUGAUAUCAUGAAAAAUCUCAAAUUUGAUGCCUAUCGCUUCUCAAUUUCAUGGUCCAGAAUUUCCCAGGGUACUGGAAGAGUAGAUUGGCAAGGAGUUGCAUACUACAAUAGGUUGAUUAACUACUUGCUCGAAAAAGGCAUUACUCCAUAUGUAAAUCUAUUUCAUUAUGAUCUUCCUGAAGCACUUGAGAAGAAGUACUUGGGAUUGUUGAGUGACCAAGUAGUAAAGGAUUAUGCGGACUAUGCAGAUUUUUGUUUCGAGCAGUUUGGAGAUAGAGUGAAGAACUGGUUUACCUUCAAUGAACCAAGAGUAUCAGCUGCUCUUGGUUAUGAUAAUGGAUUGUUUGCUCCAGGAAGAUGCUCUAAAGCUUUUGGAAACUGUACAACUGGGAAUUCAGCAACUGAGCCUUAUAUUGUAACACACAACGUGAUUUUAUCACAUGCAGCUGCUGUACAAAGAUACCGCGAAAAGUACCAACAAACACAAAAGGGAAGGAUUGGGAUUAUUUUAGAUUUUGUAUGGCUAGAGCCUCUUACGCGAUCAAAGGCUGACAACUAUGCAGCACAAAGAGCAAGAGACUUUCAAGUUGGAUGGUACAUUCACCCAAUUACCUACGGUGAAUAUCCAAGAACAAUGCAAGAAAUUGUUGGUGAUAGAUUGCCUAAGUUCACUAAAGAGCAAGUUAAAAUGGUGAAAGGCUCAAUUGAUUAUGUGGGUAUCAACCAGUAUACUACUUACUACAUGUAUGAUCCACAUUAUACAACUAAACCAAAGGAUUUGGGUUAUCAGCAAGACUGGAAUUGUGGAUUUGCUUAUGAAAAAAAUGGAGUUCCUAUAGGUCCAAGAGCACAUUCUGCUGCUCUUUAUGAAGUACCAUGGGGUAUGUACAAGGCUUUAAUGUACAUAAAAGAGCGUUAUGGAAACCCUACGAUAAUCGUAUCAGAAAAUGGCAUGGAUGAUCCAGGAAAUGUGACACUUCCGGAAGGAUUAUAUGACACAAAAAGGAUCCACUACUACAGAAGUUAUUUGACACAAAUGAAGAAGGCAAUGGAUGAUGGAGCAAAUAUUAUAGGCUACUUUGCAUGGUCAAUUGUGGAUAACUUUGAAUGGAGGUCUGGUUACACUUCUAGGUUUGGCAUUGUCUUUAUUGAUUGGAAGAGCAACCUGAAGAGGAUUCCUAAAUUGUCUGCCUAUUGGUUCAGACAAGUACUGGGCAAUUACUAAAUAUGCUUAGAGGUUAGUAGGUGUUUAUUUAAUAUUUAUGGGUACUCAGGUAGUAACCGGUUUACUAAUUUUUUGACAUUUUACAGAAUAGUUUUCAUACAAUAUUUUGAUAUUUAGACUAUUAAUUUAUAGUUUAUAGAAUUCGGAGGGUAAUUUUUAUGUGUUCGAGCGCUGAGGACAUUAUAAAAGCUUCAUGGGAGACUUCUUUUUCUCAUCUCCAAGAUC